UCAAACUCUAUAAAAAUAACCCAAAUGAACACUGAAACCCCAUGGAUACGGAACAUAACCUGUUCAAGCGAAAAUCUUACCCCGCUUCAGGCUGUUGCCUUCUACUGCUUUGGGGUGCUGUUACACAUCGAAAAGAGCAUACUAAGAGAAAGCGGACAAAAUGACGGAUCGGCUGACAAGGAUUGCUAUUGUUAGCUCGGACCGCUGCAAGCCCAAGAAAUGCAGGCAGGAGUGUAAAAAAUGCUGUCCUGUUGUCAUGACAGGAAAGCUUUGUGUAGAGGUUUCAUCUGCCUCUAAAAUAGCCUUUAUAUCAGAGGAGUUGUGCAUUGGUUGUGGUAUCUGUGUUAAGAAAUGCCCAUUUGAAGCUAUCCAGAUCAUUAACCUACCAAAAGAUCUAGAUAAAGAUACAACACAUCGAUAUGGGCCAAACACCUUCAAGCUUCACAGGUUGCCUGUACCAAGACCAGGACAGGUGUUGGGACUUGUUGGGACCAAUGGUAUUGGGAAGUCUACUGCACUUAAAGUCCUUGCUGGAAAACUGAAGCCCAAUCUUGGCAGGUUCAAAAAUCCUCCUGAUUGGAAUGAUAUUCUCACACAUUUCCGAGGAUCAGAGCUACAGAACUAUUUCACUCGAAUUUUAGAAGAUAAUCUGAAGGCAAAAAUCAAACCUCAAUAUGUUGAUCACAUACCAAAGGCAGUACAAGGGAAUGUGGGCGAAGUGCUUUCCCAAAAGGAUGAAAGAGAUGUGAAAGCUGAAGUUUGCGUUGAUCUUGACUUGAAUCAGGUUAUUGAUAGGAAUGUUGGUGAUUUAUCUGGAGGGGAAUUGCAGCGGUUUGCAAUUGCAGUAGUGGCAAUUCAAAAUGCUGAUAUAUAUAUGUUUGAUGAGCCCUCAAGUUAUCUUGAUGUAAAGCAACGACUUAAAGCUGCGCAAGUUGUCCGAUCUCUGCUUAGGCCUAACAGCUAUGUUAUUGUUGUUGAGCAUGACCUUAGUGUCCUUGAUUACUUAUCGGACUUCAUUUGCUGCCUCUACGGAAAGCCUGGAGUGUAUGGGGUGGUAACACUUCCAUUUUCAGUAAGAGAAGGCAUCAACAUCUUUUUGGCUGGGUUUGUUCCCACUGAAAAUCUUCGAUUUCGAGAUGAAUCGCUGACAUUCAAGGUUGCAGAGACACCACAAGAAAGUGCAGAAGAAAUAAAAAGCUAUGCACGGUACAGAUAUCCAAGCAUGUCAAAAACUCAGGGUGAUUUCAAGCUUAGCGUAAAAGAGGGAGAAUUUACAGAUUCUCAGAUUGUUGUAAUGUUGGGAGAAAAUGGAACAGGAAAGACUACUUUCAUACGCAUGCUGGCUGGCUUGUUGAAGCCAGAUACAGUUGAAAAUUCAGAGGUGGAGAUACCUGAAUUUAAUGUCUCAUAUAAGCCACAGAAGAUCAGCCCAAAGUUUCAGUCAACUGUGAGGCAUUUAUUGCACCAAAAGAUUCGUGAUUCAUACACACAUCCUCAGUUCAAUACUGAUGUCAUGAAGCCCCUUCAAAUUGAACAACUCAUGGAUCAAGAAGUUGUAAAUCUUUCUGGUGGAGAAUUACAAAGAGUGGCACUGUGCUUAUGUCUUGGCAAGCCUGCAGAUAUUUAUCUUAUUGAUGAGCCAAGUGCAUACUUGGAUUCCGAGCAGCGUAUUAUUGCAGGAAAGGUUAUAAAGAGAUUUAUCCUUCAUGCAAAAAAAACUGCUUUUAUUGUUGAGCAUGAUUUUAUCAUGGCCACCUACUUGGCAGACAGGGUUAUAGUUUACGAGGGACAACCUUCUGUAGAUUGCACUGCAAACUGUCCACAGAGUUUGCAGACAGGAAUGAACUUUUUUUUGUCGCAACUGGAUAUUACAUUUAGACGAGAUCCAACAAACUACAGGCCUCGUAUAAAUAAGUUGGAUUCAGCAAAGGACAGGGAGCAGAAGGUUGCGGGAUCAUACUAUUAUCUGGAUGAUUAAAGAUGCCUUCCAGGUACUGGAUAAUUAUCUCUGGUGUGGGCCAUCAAUGUCAAGAAUUUACAACUUGUGUACUCCCAUAUUUAAUCGAUGCACCUUCUUAUAUAUAAGUUGUAUCAAGAAGUUACGUAAUUGGAAUUUUCUCACUUAUAGUAUCUUAAACGGAUAUGUUUGGAUUUGAUGCAAGGAUUUCUGGAUACUUGCAAUUCAGAGGUUAAUAUUUAUGAGGGAGUUGUGUCUGUUGCUCCUGUUUGUGCCGGCUUAACUUAAAAAAGGGAGCUCUUUUCAAAUAUUUACAGUAAAUUGGCACCAUCAGGAUUUCUAGUAGAUUUUUGUUUCCUGCUUGAAAUCUCGAUUUACACUAUUCAAUUGAGGAUAUUUUCUUACAAGUGAAUCCACUUUAGCUUGGCAGUAAUCAAUCACAUUAUAAGUAUCUGAGCAUAUAAAAGUGUUUUGAUUUUUCAUUCAA